AUGUCAGCUAUAUCAGCAUUCCUAUUUCGACGUACUCUUCAAUUUCAACCAAUACGUCAACUUCAUUUAACAAAAUGUCUUUAUCAAGAACGUUAUUUUACUAAGAAACAUGAAUGGGUACAAAUUAUUGAUACAAAUAAAAAACAAAAUGAAAUUCGUAUUGGUAUAAGUGAUUAUGCUCAACGUGCUCUUGGUGAUGUUGUCUAUUGUGAAUUACCAGCAAUUGGUACAAAAUUUAAAUGUGAUGAUACAUUUGCAACAUUAGAAUCAGUUAAAGCUGUUUCGGAUUGUUAUAUGCCAAUUGAUGGUGAAGUAUCAACUGUGAAUGAUAAAUUAAAAGAUGAAGCUGAUUUAAUUAAUAAAAGUUCAUAUGAAAAUGGUUGGCUUAUUCAAGCAAUAAUUGAUGAUAAAAAUAAGAAGAAUAUACCAUCAACAUUAAUGAAUGAAAAGCAAUAUGAAAAAUUUCUCGAAGCAAAUAAAGAAGCUAGCGAUCAUUAA